AUGCUCUUUAUUUCAGUACCUGUUCAACCUAAAGUUGAUAGAAGUCGAUCUUGUCCAUAUCUUGAUACCAUUAACAGAUCUGUUUUAGACUUUGAUUUUGAGAAGCUAUGUUCUGUUUCUCUGUCACAUAUUAAUGUUUAUGCUUGUUUAGUUUGUGGUAAAUAUUUUCAAGGUCGUGGUAACAAUACCCAUGCCUAUACCCACAGUGUAUUUGAGGGACAUCAUGUUUUCCUGAAUUUAGCUACACAUAAAUUUUAUUGUAUUCCUGACAACUACCAAAUUAUAGACUCUUCAUUAGAAGAUAUUAUAUAUGUUUUGAAUCCUACUUUUAAUACUAAAGAUAUUAAACGAUUAGAUAUAACAGCUAAAAUGUCUCGAGCUUAUGAUAACACUACCUAUCUGCCAGGUAUUGUUGGUUUGAAUAAUAUCAAGGCUAAUGAUUACUGUAAUGUCAUACUACAGUCUUUAUCUCAUGUAUCACCAUUACGCAACUUCUUUCUACAAGAAGAGAAUUAUAAAAAGAUUAAACGACCUCCAGGAGAUCAAAUGGUUCUGUUAGUCCAGAGAUUUGGAGAAUUAAUCAGAAAACUAUGGAAUCCCAGGAACUUCAAAGCUCAUGUCAGUCCACAUGAAAUGUUACAAGCUGUCGUUUUGUGUAGCAGGAAAAAAUUUCAAAUUACACAUCAAGGUGACCCGAUUGAAAUGUUGUCAUGGUUUCUAAAUUCUCUACAUACUGCUAUGAAUGGAACUAAAAAACUGAACAGUUCUAUAAUCAAUAAAACAUUUCGAGGGAAGAUGAAAGUUUAUUCUAGAAAAGUUCCUGCAAUUGAUUUGAAGGAAGAAGAAAAAGCUGCUUUGCUUCUUACACCAGAAUAUCAGGAGACGGUAGAUGAGAUACCAUGGUUAUAUUUAACAUGUGAUAUCCCAUCACCCCCUCUAUAUCCUGAUGAACUACGUGAGAAUAUUAUACCCCAGGUUCCCUUCGCUACUGUUCUAGCUAAAUUUAACGGCCAACAAGAGAAAGAAUAUAAAACACAUAAAGACAGUACAAUGAAGAGAUUUGAGUUGACUCGUCUGCCACCAUUUAUUAUUAUAUAUUUCAAGAGAUUUACCAAGAAUUAUUUUGUUUUUGAAAAGAAUCCUACCAUUGUCAACUUUCCUAUCAAGAAUAUAGAUUUUGGUGACCUACUCUCACCAGAAGUAAGAGCCCAACAUAAGAAUACUGUGUAUGAUUUAAUGGCUAAUGUAAUACAUGAUGGGGAGCCAGGACCAGGGAAAGGUACCUAUAGAUGUCAUAUUUUACACAAGGGUACUGGUAAAUGGUAUGAAAUGCAAGAUUUACAUGUUGCUGAUAUUUUACCUCAGAUGAUUACAUUAUCUGAAAGUUACAUACAGGUAUAA